AUGUUAAACUUCCGAAGAAUAUCACUUCUCCAACAUUCAAUAUCUUUUGGAAUUAAUGCUCAUCGUUUUCGAUCAGCUCGUCGUUCUUCUCAAUCAUUAUCAAAUGAUGAAAAACACAUUAUUAAUGAAACAAAACCUGUUUCAUUAGAUAAUCUUUCAUCAGUAGUUCGUCAAAUUCUUUCUAAAGAUCCAUCAUAUGCUGUUCGUUUUGGUGGUCGAGCUGAAAAUCUAUUUUCACAAAUACCAAAAGAUGAUCUUAUAUUAUCAACAAAUGAAGAUGAAAAUGAUUUACCUCAUCCUCAAAUUGUGGCUUUUACAUCGGUAGAAAAUCAAUUUCAAAUGGAUUUAGGAACAGAAGAUAAAACAAUACCAUCUUAUGAAACAGCUCGUUGUUUUGGUUGUAGAGCACCACUUCAAUGUGCUGAUAAAACUAAACCAGGUUUUAUACCAGUCGAAAUAUAUAAACAUUAUCUUUCAACAAAUUUACAAAAACGAACUAGUGAAUUCGAUCAUGAUCAUAUCUUAUUGAUCAAUCAACUGAAAAAUCUUAAUACUUCACCAAAUGUUGUAUUUGUUCGUGGCAAUAAAGUUGAUUUGUUACUAAAAGACGGUGAAUCUUAUUUGUCUGAUGUUCGUAAAUGCCUUCAAAACGAAUGUACAAAACGUGGUUUAGGCAAACACAGCGUUAAAAUAUUAUGGUUUAAUCAGUGCUCGAAGUGA